GCCAACAUCCGCUUUGGCGAUCAGAAAAUGCGGAAGCUCGAUGACCGAAAACAAAAAGUAAUUUUAUGUUGUUUUGAACUUCAGAGCAGAUAUCAGAGAGGAAGACUGCAGUUACGUCUGUGUUAAACCUAAUUCACCCAAGGACCAUCAUAUAAUGUUUGUUAUAACAGUAAGCAUGUUUUCUACCUGAAAUCUUCAAAUUCAGGUUUGCGUCUAAAUUUAGCCUUAGCUAAUUUGCAGUCUCUGUCCCUGGAUAAGCUUUUAAGAGAAGUUACCGUGUUUUUCAGCAGUUUUAAAGGAGACGCCUCAGAUGUGUGAAAUUGCACCAUGGGGAAGAGAUAUUAUUGUGACUACUGUGAUCGAUCCUUCCAGGAUAACAUGCAUAACAGGAAGAAACAUCUGAAUGGCGUUCAGCAUCACAGAGCAAAAAAAGCCUGGUUUGACCAAUUUAGAGAUGCUACAGCUAUUCUCUUGGAUGAGCAAAGAAAGAAACCCUGCAAGUUUAUCCAGCAAGGAAUUUGUGGUUUUGGUUCAAACUGCAAAUUUUCUCACAUGUCUGAAGAGGAGCAAUACAAGUUCAGGAGACAGUUGGAAGAGGAAAGAUGGCAGAAAGAGGACUGUGAGGACCGAAUGGUGUUUGGGCGAAGAGUAGACGAAUGGCUCUCAAAAAGGGAGAAGAGGCGAGCUGCCCUCAGUAGCAAAGGAGAUCUCUCUACUAAAGAAGACACAGAAGAGGCUGAGGCAGAACAAGAGAUACCUCAGCAACUCCUCUCCAUCCCUGACCUCCCACCCUCUCUUUUACCGCCUCCUCCGGGUGGAUGGAGAGUCAACAUUAGCAGUGAAUGGGGUUGAGAGACAUUUAUUCUUAUUAAACCCUUUGAAGUGGAUCAUUUGUUUGGCGUUAAAGGAGGAGGAACAGCUGUU